UCCCUGGAAGCUCAUGCAUCGGGGUUACUACAUGUAAAGUACCUUGUUUUCACUCUGUUUUCAUUGUUCACCAAUGGUCCGCUGCCAUGACAACAGCAGGAUACACACACCGGUUAGCACUAUUAGCUAACGCCUGCUAGCAUUCGCGCAUCCUGCUGUGAGUGUCCUGCUGAACGGAGACAUGUUGCUGUCCGUGUUGUCUCCUGCGUGGAGGAGAGGUGCUCCUCACUUCGGUCUGUACAGGAGGAAGCUGCCGGGGAUCGGUGUGAGCUUCACAGUGUGGAGACACCUCCGGAUGAAGACACGUCCCGUGUCCCUCAGCGGCUGCAGGACGAGCAGCACACAGACACACAAGGAGGACAUUGACCUGUCCAAGUUCCCUGUGGACAGAAUCAGGAACUUCUGCAUCAUCGCCCACAUUGAUCAUGGAAAAAGCACCUUGGCUGACAGACUGCUCGAGAUGACUGGAGCCAUCGUGAAGACUGACAAGAACAAACAGGUGCUGGACAAGCUUCAGGUGGAGCGAGAGAGGGGGAUCACAGUGAAGGCCCAGACGGCCUCAUUGAUUUACAGCUACCAGGGGCAGCAGUUCCUCCUGAACCUCAUCGACACACCGGGUCAUGUGGACUUCAGUUAUGAAGUGUCUCGAUCGAUAUCCGCGUGUCAAGGUGUUCUGUUAAUCGUCGAUGCCAAUCAGGGGAUUCAAGCACAGACGAUGGCUAACUUCUACCUCGCAUUUGAAGCUCAGCUGACAAUCAUCCCCGUCAUCAACAAGAUUGAUUUGAAAAAUGCAGAUCCAGAGAGAGUGGAGGCACAGAUUGAAAAGGUCUUUGAUAUCCCACGUGAGGAGUGCAUUCGGAUCUCCGCUAAACUCGGAACAAAUGUUGAAAUGGUUCUACAAGCUGUUGUGGAGAGGAUUCCACAGCCCGUGGCAAGCAUUGACAGCCCAUUCAAGGCCUUAGUGUUUGACUCCAAUUUCGACCACUACAGAGGUGUGGUGGCCAACAUCGCUGUGUUCGGUGGUAAGGUCAGAAAGGGCGACAAGAUCGUGUCAACUUAUCUUGGCAAAACCUACGAGGUCAACGAGCUGGGGCUCCUUCGACCAGAUGAGCACCCAACACAGAAACUAUUUGCAGGUCAAGUGGGCUACAUAAUAGCAGGGAUGAAGGAUGUGAAGGAGGCUCAGAUUGGAGACACACUCUACCUUCAGGACCAGCCUGUCGAGCCUCUCCCAGGCUUUAAACCUGCUAAAGCUAUGGUGUUUGCUGGCAUGUAUCCAAUGGACCAGUCAGAAUAUCCAGGCCUCCGCAGCGCCAUUGAGAGGCUAACCCUGAAUGACUCCAGUGUCACAGUGCAGAGAGACAGCAGUCUGGCCCUGGGAGCAGGCUGGAGACUUGGCUUCCUGGGUCUUCUUCAUAUGGAGGUGUUCAAUCAGAGGCUGGAGCAGGAAUACAAUGCCUCCGUUAUAGUCACAGCGCCCACUGUUCCCUACAAGGCCAUCCUUUCCUCAGCCAAACUCAUUAAGGAACAUGGCAGUGAGGAGAUAACCGUCGUGAAUCCCGCUCAUUUCCCAGAGAGAUCGGUUGUGUCGGAGUAUCUGGAGCCCAUGGUGAUCGGGACCAUUCUCGCUCCAGACACGUACACUGGCAAGAUCAUGUCUCUCUGCUUGAACCGCAGAGCUAUCCAGAAGAACAUGAUGUACAUAGACGACCAGCGCGUCAUGAUGAAGUAUCUCUUCCCCUUAAAUGAAAUUGUUGUGGAUUUCUAUGAUCAGCUCAAAUCUAUGUCAUCUGGAUAUGCAAGCUUUGAUUAUGAAAGCGCAGGCUACCAGACUGCUGAUCUGAUAAGGUUGGACAUUCUGCUGAAUGGACGUCCGGUCGAAGAACUCACCACGAUUGUGAACAGAGACCGUGCCCACAAUUCAGGGAAAGCCAUGUGUGAGCGGCUCAAAGACUCCAUACCGAGACAGAUGUUUGAGAUAGCUAUACAGGCAGCUAUUGGAAGUAAGGUCAUAGCAAGAGAGACAAUAAAGGCAUACAGGAAAAAUGUGCUUGCCAAAUGUUAUGGAGGUGACAUAACACGCAAGAUGAAGCUGCUGAAGAGACAAGCAGAGGGCAAGAAGAAGAUGAGGCGUAUUGGAAAUGUGGACGUUCCCAAAGAGGCCUUCAUUAAUGUUCUGAAGAGAAAAGACAAAUAGACUGUGAUACCAUUCGAAUAUUGACAUGUAAUUUUAUUAUUAUAUUGAACAAGUCUUUAAAAAGCAGAGCUAGAUUUUUGUUUAAUAAAAUGGUCAUUGGUGCGUAAAA